CAUCUGCGUUCAGGAUGACUUUGAGCAGCAGCUCAAGCCUUCCAAUGCUCAAGCCGGCCUGCAGGUACCAAGAAGAACAGAAGGGCCACAAUUAGCCUCCAGUUGUUUCUAGGCUUGGCAGAAAUUGCUCUUCCUAAAGCCUAUCAGGUGGAGCGCAAGCUACGGGGUAACCUGCUCAGCCCCGGCCUCCCGCCAUGGAAAAGAGGCUUGUCAAGCAGGAGGUGAAAAGGUUGCUGGGAGAGUAUAUUGGCAUCAGACUUCGGGAAAAUGAAUUUGAUCCGAAAGGAAGAGGUCAACACACCUUUCUAGAUGAGAUGGCCCACUAUGACUUGGCCAUCAGUGUUGCUUGCCAAUGGCUAGAUCCCUCAGAAGACUUAAGUUGGCUCCAGUGGGAGAAAGUGAAAACGCCACUUCAUGGCAGACCUCUGUAUCCAAACCGAAAAGAGCGAGAAGCGGUGAUCUUAUCAUCUUACGCUGGAGUCUUAAUGAACAGUAUCCCAGUUGAGGAAGUCCUUAGAAUUUACGGGGUUCAUUCUUCUGCCAAUCCUGAUUCUACCAAGGUCCCCCAGGCUCUGUUGCCCCGUCGCUCCCUGCACCCUUUUGCCAUGCUGACAGCACCCAACGCAGCAGAGUGCAACCGCAGACAGAGUGUCAAGUUGAGGAGAGGAGCAAUGGCUAAAAAAGCCUCCAAGCAAUGCAAAGAGAGCAAUGGUACCAACUGGGAAUCCCGGAAAAGGUGCUCGGACAGCCCAAGAACAGAGAUACAACGUGAGAUCACAUACUGCUGUCAGUUGAGAAAUAGAAUUCACUUUCAGGUCACUUAGAAAUGAGAACUAGUACCAUGGAUGCAUAGCAGAGCCUCUGGAAGCAGACAGGAAGCUUCGCCUUAAAGCUGCGGUUGUCAACAACACACUCUCUCUGCAGUUGGCUGCUGCUGUCAGCUGCGUUGGCUCGCAUACUUGCUCUUGAGUUUUCUUCUCUUGGAAGCACAGCGCACACCUCUAUUUUGGUAAAAGGAAAAUAUGUGUAGAUCCCACGCUACUUCAUUAUAUGCUUGGAAGACCGAUGGAGCAUUCUGAGGGCGUUCACCAUUUCUGGAGGAGUUUAGACAAUCUGGUUUUGAUACACGUUUUAGCAAAUAUGUAGCAUUAGUGCAUAGAAUGCUGGAGAAGGAAGCAGUUUUCCAAAGUUUCAACCCCACAUAAAAUUAAUUUCUCAUUAGCAUACUUUCAGGUAGAGAAAAUGUAAACUCAUUCAAUUUCAAUAAAGUUUGAAAAGAGAAAUGGA